ACAAUGGAAAGUGAAACCCAGAAUAGUGCAGAGGAGUUGAAGGAAAGAGUCACUUCUCAGAGCAACCUUGAAGCUAACUGGAAUGUUGAAAGAAAUAGAGAAGUCCUUGAGGCUGAUCUCUCACUUGAGUUUUCCGAUGGAGACUUUGAAGAGUCUAAAGAUCCUUUAGGAUUAAAUAAAUAUCUAAUGAGCAAAUAUGAAAUUUACAAAUUGAAAUUUUUCAUUAAAAGUACUGACGAAGCAUCAAAACUCAUCAGUUUCAUAAAGUCAGUCGAAGAUCCAAGCAAACUUCAAUUUGAAGAACUUAAAUGGGACAUUAACUCAGUUGAUUUUGAAGUGUACAACCAGCUGUUAGAGCUGUGUCCUCAUUCAGUUUUGAAGAAUACUGAGCUUGUCAGAGAAACUGAUGGAUCAACCAUCUUGGAUAAAAAUGAUACUGUAUUGCCUUACUUAUACCAACUAAAACCACUUGAUAAAAUCUCAUGGCAAUCAAUCGCAAAAUUAGGAGUGCUCACUUUGUCUGAGUACAGUGAUGACUUCUUUAAAGAUGGAGUACUUGACUGCGAAGUUCCAAUAUCCCAGCUUUCUCUUUCAUAUACCUGUCUGCUUGAGUGGCUGGUUGAGGAAAAUAAUGUCCAUACCAGUGUUGAACAAAGUGUUGUUUCGCUCAAAAUAUUUAGUAUUAAUGACAAGACAUCCACUUACCAUAAUCUCCAGGAAAAAAUUUCAAAGAUGAAAUGCAUUUUACCAAAUGUUACAAGUCUUGAAUUGAAUUUCUUGGAAUGCAAUCCAAAAGGAAUCGAAUGCAUUUACAAUUGCAGUGAAGGCUUUUUAGAAAUUUCAGCUUCACUCGGCAGAAAUACUCCCUAUCAAAAUUACGAAAUCCGUGAGAACUGCAGAGCCCUUGCCUUUAAAGAUCCGAAAGAUUACGUGUUUUCAGCUGAUUGGAUAAAAUAUUCCUACAAAAUUUCGAAUCUUAUUAAAGCAUCUUAUCAUAUUCUUUCAGUGAGAAGGUUUGAGUAUAUUGAAAUUAAAGGAUUCAAAAGACUUUACCCAGCAACUACUUAUACGAAUUCUCCAAGCAUCAUUAGUGAGAAAGAUUUUACAGAUCUGAAAGAACAUGAUCCUCUUUACCACGGAAAUGUCAAAAAAUUCAACUCAUACUUCAAAAUUCUCAGGCUAUUCAAAGAAGAAAGACAUAAAUCUCCAUACUAUGAAUAUUACAUGGACCCCAGAGAAGACGUUCAAAAUCUCUUAAAGAUAACUAAAGAGACAUGUAUCUUCCAUCCAUCACCUUCAUUCCUCUAUUGCACAUUAGGGCAAAGGCAGAGGUUAAUUAUCGAUGCGGAUGGCUCUAGAAAGACCACUCUGAGAAAUCUUUCAUACCUAGUAGCCUUCCAAGCCAAAAACUCAUCCUACAGCUCUGAAUUUGAAGUAGUAAUCCGCACAAGAGGCGUUAAGGAUAAUAUAGCUGAUAAGAACCCUAAAUAUGAGUUGUUCGUGAAGGUCCUGAAGACACUCAGUGCUGCUUCUGUGUGGAGAGUGCAGUUUGAUACCUCAGUGUGGCAAAGUGAGGGGACAGGAGGGAAGUAUGGUGGUUAUGGAGUGAUGGAGGUAGAGGAAGGGAUAAAGAAGGGGAAGAAGAAAGCAAAGCAGAAGGGAGGGGUAUUGCUUUUAUUAAACUCAGUUAUGCACUUAAUCAAAAUCAAAGAGCUUACAAAUCUUUUAACAAACCCAAGCCUAAAUGAAAUCGAAGUUACCAACAAAGAUAGCAUUAUUCUAAGACAAGUAAUUGGUAGAAAGGACAGAAAAGAUGACUUAAAAGACUUCUAUGCCCAAGUUUCCGCUCUAGCUAGUAGAAAAGAAGGAUGCCUGAAGAAGUUCCAUGAUUAUGUUGUUGUUAGUUAAGAGAUUUUGAGGUUGGAUGGA